AUGGUUCUGUUUGGUACCGUGAUGUAUCUGCUGCGCCAACGCAAGGAGCGCGAAAAUGCAAUGUUCCACAUGGUGUCCACAAUGCUCUUGUUUCUCUUCGCAACCAUUACGGCCGUGGUCAACUUUCUUUCUACCGUUGAGGAGCUCGGUCAUUUGGCAACUUUCGAUUUCAGGUUACCCACGACCAGAGUAAUCUACUUGGUAACGCUUCAAUUGGUGGAUGCUUUGGCCUUCAUAAUACUGCUUCAUCGAUGUUUCAAUAUCUGGGAAGGAAAUUACCAGGUAGUGGUCCUCCCCGCUCUGAUGAUGCUCGGGACUACAAGCGUAUUCUACGCUCAAUUCUCCGAAUACAUCAAGAUACAACACACACCUGUGAUUGACCAAAACAAUUACAAUACCAUUGUACAUGACUCGAUUGCCUUUUCCACGGCCGCCCUAUUCUUAAACAUUGGGGCCAAUAUUCUGCUCACGUCGCUGAUCGCAGGUAGAUUAUGGUGGAUCCGAAGACGCUUACAACAGUUGGUUCCCAAUGGGACGUUUUUCAACAAAUAUACAUCCCUCAUUUUCAUGACGUUGGAAUCGGGCAUGAUGAUCCCCAUCGCGCUCACGAUAUAUGCCGUCUUUACCAUUCGAAUCAAAGAAGGUGGAUCAGGACAUGCGGCGUUGACCGUGAUGAAUGCUUUACUUCCCCAAAUCAUGGUGAGGAGCUAUCACACAAUCUACCUUGGACUGUUACCUUCUGACGCUGCAAAACACCCAGGUUUUCGCACCGUUGUUGAUCAUGUUUCGUGUGGGGCUGGGCAUCACAGUGGACCGGGAUCACAUAAACAUGGUAUCCCUACCAGAAUCAAACCUUCAGAUGUGUUCAACUGUCCCGGGUCGUCUAUCUCCCGUAACAUACCCGUUGACGGUUAUUAG